CAAUACUUUUGUUUUGACGUUUUCAAGUUGAACUUGAACUUUCUUUGAAUGAUAAUUUGAUAAGAUUACGAAAUAAACUUAUAAUUUGCACAAUAAUUCGAGACCACAUAGCUAAUUUCCAGCGGAAAACUAUAAUAAACACAUUGUAAAAAUGGGUUCAAAGGUUCUUAAUGUUAAAUUCACAAAUGAGAAGGAAAUGCCCAUGGUUGGACUUGGUACCUAUGCUAGGCAGGCCGACCCCGGGCAGUUUAGACAAGCUGUAGAGUGGGGCAUAGAGGCUGGCUACCGGCACAUAGACACCGCUUCUUGCUACAAAAAUGAAGAGGAAGUUGGUGAAGGAAUCAAUAACAAGAUCAAUGCAGGUUUAGUUACGAGAGAUCAACUGUUUGUUACUACUAAGGUUUGGAAUGAUUGCCAUGCUGAAGAGCAAGUAGUGCCGGCAUUGAAGGAAUCACUGGCAAGGUUGAAGCUGGACUAUGUUGAUCUAUAUCUUGUGCAUUGGCCAUUUUCUGCUAAUGGAAAGGGUGAAGAUUUGGGUAUUGACUACUUGGAAACCUGGAAGGGCAUGGAACAGACUGUGAAACUGGGGCUGGCCAAGUCCAUAGGAGUGUCGAACUUCAAUGAGGAGCAGCUAGAGAGGCUGAUCAAUAAUUCCACUAUCAAGCCUGUUGUUAACCAGUUUGAGAUCAACCCAACACUAACACAGCAGAAACUAGUGGACUUCUGCAAGAAACAUUCAGUGGUACCGGUAGCAUACACACCUCUGGGUCUCAUUUCUGAAGCCCGGCCGGAGUUUGCUGGAAAGGAUGCCAUCAAAACUGACCCUAAGCUUGGUGCUCUAGCUGAGAAGUACGGGAAAACACGGGCACAAAUCGCCUUGAGAUAUUUGGUACAACGCGGUAUUCCAGUGAUUCCAAAAUCGUUCACAAAAUCUCGAAUUGCAGAGAACCUGAAUCUCUUUGAUUUCGAAUUGUCAGACAGUGAGAUGGCGUUAGUGGAUAGCUUCAAUAUCGAUCAUAGAUGUGUACCGGCCACACCUUUUAAAUCAUUGAAAAACUAUCCAUUUUAAUUUAUAUUUUUCUACAGUACCCCUAGUAAAGUACAGAGAACAUCAACUUACUUCUAUCUGUCGAAUUUCUUACAUAGAUUUUCAACCUUAUCACAAUAGUGGAAGGUUAGUAUUAGAUUGGUCAAAUUUGACAGAUUCGUUUAGGUUGGCCUGCUGGCGUAAAUGGUCUACGUGAUAUACUGGGUCAUAAUGUGAUGUUGAUAAAUCAGGGUUUUGUAGCUAUUAGUAUUGUCGCAAAAGACUAGAAAAUGUUAAGUACAAUGAAAAUUGAUGUAACAAUGAACAUAUAGCCUUAAUUGUGAUAGUAGUAACAUUUACAACUGUUGUAAACAAUGUAAACGUAAGUGAGUUUUAUAUUUCCUGUUAAAUUAUAUAUUUUUCAUUACAA